AAAAGAUUUAUUUAUUACGUAUACAGCAUGUGUCCCUGCAGGCCAGAAGAGGGCACCAGAUCUCAUUACAGAUGGUUGUGAGCCACCAUGUGGUUGCUGGGAAUUGAACUCGGGACCUCUGGAAGAACAGUAAGUGCUCUUAACCUCUGAGCCAUCUCUCCAGCCCCCUAACUCUCUUAAGUAGCUGAGAAGGAUCUUGAGCUUGUGAUUCCCAUGCCUUAACCCUGAGUAACGACGUUAUAGGUGUGCGCCAGCUUGACCUGCAUGUGUCAUGCUGGGCCUCAAACCUGGGCUUCAGUUAUGCUAAGCAAGCCCUCUACCAACUGAGCUAUACCCCCAGCCUUUGUUCGUUCUGUCUUGUCACAGGUGUUCAGAAUUCCAUAUAUCCCAGGAUCCUCCGGUUUCUGUCUUCAGCUGCUGGGAUCACAGGCCAGUGAAAACCAGUCAGCAACACUCUGGGAAACGAGAAGUUCCUGGUCAGGCCUGGUGGUAGGACAAGACCCCAAGGAUUCCCGAAGGCUGAGGGGAGCUGCGUGGAUGAACCACAUGAACCCGGAGGGCAAAGUGUCCGGCAUGAUCGCUCCUGCUGUCUGUUCGUUCGCCCUCUCACCAGCGCUAGGAGAACGGAUGCAGUCACUGUUGUUGCCUCCAGUGUCUGGAGACGCCCCAGAGGUUUCCCCAGCCCCUCCACUUUACAGGUGUGUGACACCUCAUACUGUGGGGUGUGGGCUUGAUUUCCGGGGCCACCCUGGUGCUGGGCUGGACCCUUCCUUCCUGUGAUCCUUCCAACACGAUUCUCGGGAAGCCGGGAGCCUCAGCUCUGGGCUUGGCUACGUCUGCCUGCCUCGCACCUGCCCUCAGCGGUGUUUCACAAUGCAACUCCAAAUAGGUCCCUCCUCAGCUGCAAGUCCUUCGGUGGCUCCCCGGUGCCCUAAAGGCAAAGUCCAAACUCCUCCGAGGACCCGAGGCCAGCAAAUCCGACCCCUCGGGGCCUGCCCACACCACCCCCACGCCUGGGAGCCGCUCUCAAAAGCUGGGCAGGCAGCAGUUACUCUUACCUCGGGCCUUUCCCCUCUGUGUUUUUUCACUUCCCCUGGGAAGUCAGAGACCCGCCCCCCCCCUUCAGGUGACCGUCCAUGGACAGUCACAGCUGUCUCUCCCCGCCUCUCUCCGCAUCAAAGCACACCUCCCUUUGCAUUAGAAUCGCCUGUUCACCCCGUCUGUCUCCCCCACGGACGGGAAGCCAUCCUUCUUCGGUAAGGGCUCGGAGUGUUUCGUUCGGGGUUGUACAGAUGCAGCUCCAGAACUCAGCCUGGUUCAGCGUGGGCGCUCCCGAAGCACGUGCGAAAGGGAGCGGAUCCACGCAUUUUCGGGGCGCAAAGGUCAGCCGCCCCGGGGGUCGGGGCGCCGCUCUCGGCGGAGGCCAGGCGCGGCCACCAGGGGGCGCCCGAGGCGCUCGGACGCCGCGCGGUCCGGCCCGGGAGGAGCCCAAGCCGAACCUCAGCGCCACGCGGCGCGGGCCCCUCCAGCCCCGGCGCACCUGCUCCUGUCGCGGUCUCGGGCCGCGCCGCCGCCCGCCAUUGGCGCAGCCUUGACAAAGGGGCGUGGCCGGGGCCGCGGCCCCGCCCCCGGCCCGCCUACUUAAAAGAGUUUGCCGCACCGAGGGGGGAGCGCAGUGCCGCGGCCGGGCCUCGCGAGCGGACUUGCCUCUCGACCUUGCGUGACCCGGUGACCCCCCGGCUACCUAGGUCGCCCCGGCCACCAUGCCGCGCUCCUUCCUGGUCAGGAAGCCGUCCGACCCCCGCCGGAAGCCCAACUAUAGCGAGUUGCAGGACGCGUGUGUGGAGUUCACCUUCCAGCAACCCUACGACCAGGCUCACCUGCUGGCCGCCAUCCCUCCGCCCGAGGUCCUUAACCCCGCCGCCUCGCUGCCCACCCUCAUCUGGGACUCGCUCCUGGUGCCCCAAGUGCAGCCGGUUGCUUGGGCCACCCUCCCGCCGCGGGAGAGCCCCAGGGCGGCCGAGCUGACCUCGCUGUCCGAUGAAGACAGCGGCAAAAGCUCGCAGCCGCCCAGCCCGCCCUCGCCGGCGCCGUCGUCCUUCUCCUCCACUUCGGCCUCAUCCCUGGAGGCCGAGGCCUUCAUCGCCUUCUCUGGCUUGGGUCAGCUGCCCAAGCAGCUAGCCAGGCUCUCGGUGGCCAAGGACCCCCAGUCCCGGAAGGCCUUCAAUUGCAAGUACUGCAGCAAGGAGUACCUCAGCCUGGGCGCCCUCAAGAUGCACAUCCGAAGCCACACGCUGCCGUGCGUCUGCGCGACCUGCGGAAAGGCCUUCUCCAGGCCCUGGCUGCUGCAGGGCCACGUCCGCACCCACACUGGUGAGAAGCCCUUCUCCUGCUCCCAUUGCAACCGUGCCUUCGCUGACCGCUCCAACCUGCGUGCCCACCUUCAGACCCACUCAGACGUGAAGAAGUACCAGUGUCAGGCGUGCGCCCGCACUUUCUCCCGAAUGUCCUUACUUCACAAACACCAAGAGUCUGGCUGCUCCGGAGGCCCACGCUGACCCCCUUCUCUCUCCAUCCUUUCUGACAUCUCCCUGGUUCCCUGGAGCCGGCCCUCACUGCCAAGCCUCCCUCCUGGACGUCAUCCGUCCAGCCUUCAUCCCGGGACCUGUGGAGGCCAUGUCUGGCCCUGGUUUCUGCUUGGCUUUCUUGGCCUUUUCUCCAGAUGACAGAUGGAAGGCAGAGCGCCGUGGUUCCCUCCCAGAGCCACCCCUCAGUAUUCAUGAGGUAUAGCCUCUGGACACAGCUGCUUCGAGCCAUAGGACUAAAGCCAACCCACUGGCUGGGAAGCUUGAACCCCACUCAGGGGACCCCUACUUCCCUACCUCCCCCAAGGACCCUUCAGGCCAACUUGCUGAGGUACAGCAGACUAUGCAAUAGUCUCCCCCUCCCCCAGCUACAUCCAUGCCCCAGCAGGGUGGUUGCUGGACACAUGUCCAGGUGCCCCACCUCCAUUUGUCCUGGUGACACCUGUUUCACAGCAGUUUAACGAAGAAGGGACCAUGAGUAAUGGCCGUCACUUGUUAGGGGCCAAGUGGGGGGCUUCAGCCUGGCCAAUGUGUCUCCCAGAACUAUUUUGGGGCCCAACAGGUGGUCCUGGGAGGAAGAUGUUUACAUUUUAAAGGUAUUUAUAUUGUAAGCAGCAUUUUGUAUAGUUAAUAUGUACAGUUUAUUGAUAUUCAAUAAAG